AUGGAGACGGAUGAGAUCAAAUACCCUGUUGGGUCUAGCUUAAAGGAUCUGGUAUCUUAUGGCAUCUCAGGACUUGUUGUUCUAGACAAAGCGUCGCAGACAGUCAUCAAGACGCCACUUUCUGACGACUGCGAAGACGCCUUGGCCCGGGAGCGCGAUAUCUAUGCUCGACUCACCGAACGGGGCGGCCAUCCCGGGAUCCUGCGCUAUCACGGGACGAUAACAACCAAACUACACCAGCGAUGGACGAUGCAGAUUGCCGAGGCACUGGCCUUUGUUCAUUCUGCCGGGGUUGUUCACGGCGACCUUACAUGCCACAAUGUUUUUCUUGACGGGGAGUUAAACGCAAAGCUGGCCGACUUUGCUGGCUCCUCGCUCGAUGGGUCUGGACUUCUUGUUUGUGUCGCCGCGAGCCACGAAUACCCUGGCCCUACCAUGUCUACACAGGGUGAUACUUUUGCCUUUGGGUCUGUUCUUUACGAAAUCGUAACCGGCGACUCCCCGUUCAAGGGGCUGCCGGACGGCGAGAUCGAAAAUCGUUACAAGAAAGGCCAGUUUGCCGAUACCUCGUCACUCGGGAAAAUGGGAGUCAUCAUCCGAAACUGCUGGCUUGGGAAGUAUAAUGGCUUUGAUCCACUUCUCCGUGACCUAAAAGGUAAUCUCAUGUUAAUUACGCCGGGUCGGUGA